GAGCAAUUUUGCCCGAAAAGAAAACCUUAGUAUUGAAGUCACCAAUUACCGUGUUCAGUCUCAUUGAUUCUCAUCCAGUAUAAAAAACCCACCGACCUAACCCAACUUCUGUCUUAAAAAUCUUGUUUCUUCAAAAUUACACCCAUACCAGAACAGCAUCUCAAUUACGGAUUCAUGCGUCUGGAGUAGUAUCAUCGGAUUUGAUUCCCCAUAAACGCCUCAAUAAUUCUCCAUUUACUGCCCCUAAUUAUUGGAAGCUCUGGUUUUCUAGUAUACUGAUGGCUAACCCAAGUAGCAAAUCUACACAAGCAAUGUCGUCGGACUCCUUGGAACAGAAGGGGAAAAAUAUUACUGAAUCGAAUGCAAGUAUGCUUCAAUGUCCUUUAAGCCAGCCGCAACGUAACUCCUUAGAUGGGCCAGUAGCUAUCCUUUGGGAUAUAGAAAAUUGUCCCGUUCCAAGUGAUGUACGCCCAGAAGAUGUAGCAGGUAAUAUAAGAAUGGCUCUGCAGGUGCACCCAGUAAUUAAAGGAGCUGUUAUGAUGUUUUCUGCUUAUGGGGAUUUCAAUGCUUUCCCCAGGCGACUUAGAGAGGGAUGCCAGAGAACUGGUGUUAAACUUAUUGAUGUUCCCAAUGGGAGAAAAGACGCUGCUGACAAAGCAAUCUUGGUUGACAUGUUCUUAUUUGCUCUUGACAACCCUCCACCGUCCUCUAUCAUGCUAAUCUCUGGAGACGUUGAUUUUGCUCCAGCUCUCCACAUUCUUGGUCAGCGGGGAUAUACUAUAAUUCUUGUCAUCCCUGCUGGGGUUGGUGUUUCUUCUGCCCUAUGCAAUGCUGGUAAAUUUGUCUGGGACUGGCCUAUUGUGGCUCGUGGAGAAGGUUUUGUCCCUCCUACAAAGGCUUUUGUGCCACCCCGUGGAGGUUCAGUUGAGCUUGCUGGAUAUUUGAUGGGAUGCCAAAUUAAUGACAGCACUGAUGGACAAAAUGAAGAAGAAGCAAUAGUUUAUAGAGGGAUGUCACAAAGCUAUUACAACUCAAGGGAAUUAUCAGUGGUAUCACAAUCUCUGUCUGAAUAUAACUCGUCACACAUGUCUUGCUUGCCAUCAACUAUGAGAUCGCACAGCCUUCCAUCUGGAUUGAAUGAUGUUGCUGGAGGACCUAUGCCUUCUAGUGACAAUACUGAAUGCGAGAUAUGGGUACAGCCUGGGGAUUUAAAUGGUCUCAAGGCACAGCUGGUAAGGUUGCUUGAACUUUUUGGAGGAUGUCUGCCCUUGGUCCGAGUUCCAGCAGAUUAUCAGAAAAUUUAUGGUAGGCCACUUUUUAUAUCUGAUUAUGGGGCAUUCAAGUUGGUCAAUCUUUUCAAAAAAAUGGAUGAUGUCAUUGCUGUGGACGGGAAAGGGUCUCGCAAAUUUGUUUUUCUCAGAAACAGGAAGGCAGGCCCAAGUGCUCCUCCACUGUCUCUUGCAAAGAAAGAUAAGAAAGGAAAAGGGGCAAUGGAAGAGAUCGCAAAUGUUGUUGUUGGGGGUUGCUCUUCGGAUGAGUUGUCAGAUGAAGAAAGAGUAGUCAUAGAAGAACAGGAUGAAAGAAGUUUUACACGAAAGGGUAAUCAGGGGAGAGCAGCCAGAUGUGAAAUUGAUGACAGCAUUCUUGAGCAGUUUAAGUGUGAGCUGCAGGAGAUUCUAGUCAGCUAUUCCUGUCGGAUACUUCUAAGUUGUUUUGAGGCUGUAUAUCAGCAACGCUACAAGAAACAGUUGGAAUAUCAGAGGUUUGGUGUGGACAAGUUGGAGGAUUUGUUGGAGAAAGUGAGUGAUGUGGUAGUAUUGCAUGAGGAACCAGUAAGCAAGAGGAAAUUCCUGGCUGCUGUGGGUAGUUAGAAAACUUAAGCAAAAGACUGCUUUAUCCUUUAUGGUGUUUUUAAGGCAAAUGCUACUGUAUGCCUUAGGAGCACUGGUUAAGGAAUCAAAAGUAAAAAGCUUUUAUUGAAAAAUGUAGUAUUUAAUGUUUUACUAAUGCUAUAUUUUUUCAAUAAUUAAGUUCUAUUUUGAUUUCUUAACCUCGGGGUGCUCUUUUUGAGAACCCUUAAAUGUUUACCGCCACCAAUCGUCAGCAAAUACAUAUUCUCCCUAGCAACCUCAUCCUUUUCAGUUUAUUUAUUUCUUUGUCUUGUUAAGAUGAUCUGCUGGGCGUAUGUGUUUUUUUAUAGUCACUGUCCUGCAUGUAUUUGAACCUUGUAAAAUUACUCUGCUCCUUAUUUUCAGUAAACCGGUAGAAUGUGUAAAAGUUGUAGCUUUUUCACUUAAACUCCAUAUCCAUAUACAAUUUUUACAUGCAUGUUGACUUAUUGAGAUA